AUGGAAGACGUCCCGCUCGAGCAUGGCUCCCUCGAGCACCUCCUCCCCCCCAGCUGGAAAUCCGUCGUCACCGCCUGGCUCGCCGAGGACACCCCGAGCUUCGACUACGGCGGCUUCGUCGUCGGCGGCGACCAGCGCACCGCCACCCUCUGGGGCAAGUCCGGCGGCAUUGUCGCCGGCCGCCCCUUCGUCGACGAGGUCUUUGCCCAGUGCGGCUGCGCCGUCGAGUGGCACGUCCGCGAAGGGUCGCACAUUGAGCUCCGCGGCCACGGCGAGGGCGCCGUGCGCGGCAAGAUGCGCGUCGCCACCGUCACCGGCCCCGCGCGCGGCGUCCUCCUCGGUGAGCGCGUCGCCCUGAACCUCCUCGCCCGCUGCUCCGGCGUCGCCAGCAUGACGCGCGGCAUGCUCGUCAACCUCCGCGCCGCGGGCUACGCCGGCGUGCUGGCCGGCACCCGCAAGACGACGCCAGGCUUCCGCCUCGUCGAGAAGUACGGCAUGCUCGUCGGCGGCGCCGACGCCCACCGCAUGGACCUCAGCUCCAUGAUCAUGCUCAAGGACAACCACGUCUGGAGCAAGGGCAGCAUAACCGACGCCGUGCGCGCCGCCAAGAGCGUCGGUGGCUUCAGCCUCAAGGUCGAGGUCGAGGUCCGGAGCGAGGACGAGGCCGACGAGGCCAUCGCCGCCGGCGCCGACGUCGUCAUGCUCGACAACUUCACCGGCGACGGCGUCAAGGUCGCCGCCCGCAGCCUCAAGGAGAGGUGGGCCGGCAAGAAGCACUUUUUGGUCGAGGUCUCGGGCGGCCUGACCCUGGACAAUGUCGAGAAUUACGUGUGCAACGAUGUGGACAUUCUCUCAACGAGCGCCAUCCACCAGGGCGUGCCGCACAUUGACUUUUCGCUCAAGAUCGAGGUCUAG